CUGCCAUUACCCUGAAUGUACUGAGAUGAGCUGUGCUAAUGGAGCUUGCUUUAACCGGACCCAGCGAUGUGACCAGAUAGUGGAUUGCCGUGACGGCUCUGAUGAAGCAAACUGCACACAGCACUGCAAUACAGGCCUGUUCCCCUGUCGCAAUGGAGAGUGUGUUCCUCAGCGCUACGUCUGUGACCAUGAUGACGACUGUGGGGACAGAAGUGAUGAGCAAAAUUGUACAUAUCCCACUUGUAGAGGAAGCUACUUCACUUGCCCCAGUGGCCGCUGCAUCCAUCAAGUCUGGCUGUGUGAUGGAGAGGAUGACUGUGAAGACAACGCGGAUGAAAAAGGCUGUGAUAAUAUACCGCGCGAGUGCUACCCUGGAGAAUGGCCCUGUCCAUCGUCUGGCGUGUGUAUCCCCAUUGAUCAGCUGUGUGAUGGAACGGCCCACUGUCCCAAUGGAGAGGAUGAGACUAAUACAACUGCUGGGCGCAACUGCAGUAUCUGGAGAUGUGCCUCUCUGAGCUGUGAACAUCGCUGUCAUGCUUCCCCUGAGGGAGGAACCUGUUCCUGUCCUCGAGGAUACAUCGUCAACAACAACAAUAGUCGCUCAUGUGUUGACUUUGAUGACUGUUCAAUGUGGGGAGUGUGUGACCAGCUGUGUGAGGACAGGAUAGGCACCCACCGCUGUAGCUGUCGAGAGGGCUACGUCUUGGAGCAGCACAGAUACUGCAGAGCUAACAUCGCAACCGGAGUACCUUCUUUGGUCUUCUCCAAUGGCAGAGACCUUCUAAUAGGAGACAUCCAUGGAAACAAUCUGCGCACUUUAGUCCAUUCACAGAACAGAGGAAUUGCAGUGGGAGUGGACUUCCACUUCCUCCUUCAUAGGAUCUUCUGGACCGAUACUAUUCAAAACAAGGUGUUUUCUGUGGAUAUGGAUGGCUCCAACAUGCAGGUGGUGUUAAAUGUAUCAGUUGACUACCCUGAGAACUUGGCUGUGGACUGGGUGAACAAUAAGCUGUAUGUGGUGGAGGCCAGCGUCAACCGGAUUGACAUGGUGGACUUUGAUGGAAGUAACCGGGUCACACUGAUCACUGAAAACCUGGGAAACCCAAGAGGACUGGCCAUGGACCCCACUGUCGGAUUUAUGUUCUUCUCAGACUGGAAUGCUUUAAAUGGACAGCCAGCACUGGAGCGGGCCUACAUGGAUGGCACCAACCGCUAUGGGAUCAUUAGGAGCAAACUGGGCUGGCCAGCUGGUAUCACACUGGACAUUGAGGCCAAGCGCGUCUACUGGGUCGAUAGCCGCUAUGACUACAUAGAAACCACAACUUAUGAUGGCCUACAUAGAAAAACGGUGGUCCAUGGAGGUUCUAUAAUUCCACACCCGUUUGGCAUCUGUCUGUUUGAACACAAUGUCUAUUUCACUGACUGGACCAAGAUGGCUGUGAUGAAAGCCAACAAGUUCAGGGACAGCAGUCCUCAAGUGGUUUAUACAACAUCUCAGACCCCACAUGGAGUAGCAGUGAUACACCGUCUAAGGCAGCCUUAUGUGCCAAACCCCUGUGGGACAGACAGGGGCGGAUGUGAGCAGAUCUGUGUUCUGAGUCAUAGGAGUGACAAUGGAGGACUAGGCUACCGCUGCAAGUGUCGGAUGGGCUAUGACCUGCAUAAUGAUGGCAAGAGAUGCGUGGCUGUGAGGCAGUUCCUGCUGUUCUCUAGCCAGCUGGCUGUCAGAGGGAUCCCCUUCAAUCUCUCUUCUCAGGAAGACAUCAUCCUACCUGUCACUGGAACACCCUCCUACUUUGUCGGGGUGGAUUUCAGCUCAGAGGACGAUGCCAUCUUCUUCUCAGACACAGCCAAAGACAUUAUCUAUAAGCAGAAAGUGGAUGGAACUGGCAGGGAGGUGCUGGCAGCCAAUAGGGUGGACGGAGUGGAGGACCUGGCUUAUGACUGGAUUUCAAAGAACCUCUACUGGACUGACCCGCGCUACAGGAGCAUAUCAGUCAUGAAGCUCGCUGAUAAGUCCAGGAGAGCAAUUGUACGCAACCUCAACAACCCCAGGUCCAUUGUGGUGCAUCCCAUCAUUGGCUAUAUUUUUUGGACUGACUGGUACCGUCCAGCGAAGAUUAUGCGGGCCUGGUGUGAUGGGUCACAUGACAUGUCUAUUGUAAACACUACUCUUGGCUGGCCAAAUGGCCUAGCUAUUGACUGGAGCUCAAUGCGCCUGUAUUGGGUGGAUGCCUUCUUUGAUAAAAUCGAACACAGCACUUUUGAUGGACAGAACAGGCUGUCUCUGGAUCGCAUCACUCAGAUUUCCCAUCCAUUUGGUCUCACUAUUUUUGGGGGCUAUGCAUAUUUCACUGACUGGCGCCUGGGUGGGAUCGUUCGCGUGCGAAAGACUGAUGGUGGUGAGAUGGUCAUCAUCAGGAGAGGAAUCAGCCACAUCAUGCACGUCAAGUCUUUCAACUCCAACUCUCACAAUCUCUGCAACAGGCAAGCAAAUCCUAACGGAGACUGCAGCCACUUCUGCUUCCCCGUGCCAGACUCCCAGAGGGUGUGUGGCUGCCCUUACGGCAUGAAGCUGGCACCCAACCAACAGACUUGUGUGGAGGACCCUUCCAACGAGCCCCCCACGCUGCAGUGUGGAGCCAACUCCUUCUCCUGUGGCAACGGCAAAUGCGUCCCCAACAGUUACAGAUGCGACGGUGUUGAUGAUUGCCAUGACAACAGUGACGAAGUCAACUGUGGCGUUAACAAUGUCACCUGCUCCCCCUCUGCAUUCACCUGUGCCAAUCAGCACUGCAUUCCGACAGGAUGGCGCUGUGAUGGGCACAAUGACUGUUUCGAUGGCAGUGAUGAGCGAAAUUGUCCCACCCAGGUGCCUGGCACAUGUCCUGUCAGCCAGUUUACCUGCGCCAACCAUCGCUGUAUCCCACACACCUGGCGGUGUGACACGGAUAAUGACUGUGGGGACAGCUCAGAUGAAACUGACUGCAAUCUGGCAAGCACAUGCCAUCCUGGCCAGUUUCAGUGUCCAGACCAUCGGUGCAUCGACCCCAACUAUGUUUGUGAUGGGGACAGAGACUGUGUGAAUGGAGCAGACGAGCAAGGCUGCAUCUACAACUGCACUGUGAAUGAGUUCAAGUGUUCGAACGGCCAUCAGUGUAUCAACGCAUAUUACCGAUGUGAUGGGGUCUUUGAUUGCAAUGAUCGCUCAGAUGAGUCAGGCUGUCCGACCAGGCCCCCAGGGAUGUGCCACCAUGAGCGCGAGUUCCAGUGCCAGUCCGAUGGCAGCUGUGUCCCGUCUACCUGGGAGUGUGACGGCCACCCCGAUUGUGAGGACGGCUCUGACGAGCACCACGCCUGCCCACCUCGCACCUGCCCUUCCUCGCUCUUCCGCUGCGACAAUGGAAACUGCCUGUUUCGCGGCUGGCUCUGUGACGGGGACAACGACUGCAGGGACAUGAGUGAUGAGCGAGACUGUCCCACGCCGCCUUUCCGCUGUCCGAGCUGGCAAUGGCAAUGCCCGGGCCACAGCAUGUGCGUGAACCUCACUAGGGUGUGUGACAACACACCUGACUGCCCCAAUGGUGCCGACGAGUCUCCGCUCUGCAAUCAGGAGAGCUGUUCAGAUAACAAUGCUGGCUGCACCCAUGGGUGCAUCCAAGGGCCAUUUGGGGCCCAGUGCACGUGCCCUAUAGGUUAUCAGCUGAGCAACGACUCAAAGACCUGUGAGGAUAUAGACGAGUGUAAUCCUCCGGGGCUGUGCAGCCAGCACUGCUUUAAUGAGAGAGGCUCCUUCCGCUGCCACUGCCAGGAUGGCUACAGUCUGGAGGCAGACCAACGCACCUGCAAGGCCUCAGAUUCCCGUGAGGCUCUCUUGUUGGUGGCAAGUCGAAAUCAGAUUGUGCAAGAUGAAAUAACCACCCAGCCCAACGUGAUCCGCUCGCUGGUCCGCGAUGGACGCAACAUCGUGGCCCUGGACUUUGACUCAGUCAUGGACCUGUACUGGUCUGACACCAGUCAGGACAGAAUCUGGAGUGCUCACAAGAACGGCACAUCUCACAAACAGAUAUUUGACAGUGGAGUUACUGUGACAGAGAGUCUUGCUGUGGACUGGGUGGGCAGAAACCUGUACUGGACUGAUUAUGUUCUGGAGACCAUUGAAGUGUCGAAACUGGAUGGUACCCACCGGACCGUACUUGUCAGUGAAAAUGUCACCAACCCACGAGGUCUGGUGCUGGAUCCCAGGGACAGUGCACAUUUGAUGUUCUGGACUGACUGGGGGAGAAACCCUCGUAUUGAGAGGGCAAGUAUGGAUGGGAAGUUGAGGACCACCAUUAUAAGCAACAAGCUCUACUGGCCUAAUGGUCUUACCAUUGAUUAUCCAAACAAUCUGCUCUACUUUGCUGACGCCUACCUGGACUUCAUUGACUACUGUGAUUACAAUGGCAAUAACAGGAAGCAGGUUCUGGCCAGUGAUCUGGUUCUGCAACAUCCCCACGCAAUUACCAUAUUUGAGGAUUUUGUGUAUUGGACCGACAGAUACAUCAACCGUGUGAUCCGGGCUCACAAGUGGCACGGGGAGAACCAGACAGUGAUGCUGUAUAACCUCCCUCAGCCCAUGGGCCUAGUGGCAGUACACCCAGCCAGACAGCCAGCAGGUGAAAACCACUGCCUGGGGAGCCCUUGUACCCAUAUCUGCCUGCUUUCUGCGGUGGGACCCCAGUUCCACUCAUGUGCCUGCCCCUCAGGCUGGACAUUGGCUGCUGACCAAGUCACCUGCGCCAGAGUCGAGGAUCCUUUUCUGGUGGUUGUGAGGGACAGUAUAAUCUAUGGCAUCUCCCUGAACCCGGAAGACAAGAGUAACGAUGCGAUGGUCCCUGUUGCGGGUCUUCAAAAUGGAUAUGAUGUUGACUUUGAUGACAAUGAACAGACCAUCUACUGGGUGGAGCACCCGGGCGAGAUCCACAAGGUGAGGUCAGAUGGUACCAACAGGACAGAGUUUGCCCCUGCUGCCAUCCUGGGCUCCCCUGUAGGUCUGGCGUGGAACUGGAUAACUCAGAACCUGUAUUACACCAACCCAGCUUCCCAGUCUAUUGAGGUAAGAGAAACAAUUCUCUGAGAGGGGGAGGUGCAAUACCGGAAAACACUAAUCACCAAUAAUGGCUCCCCAACUGGCGCUGGCACUCCCAUUGGUAUCGCAGUGGACCCGGCACGUGGGAAACUGUACUGGACAGAUCAGGGCACAAGAGCGGGCAUCCCUGCCAAGGUGGCAUCUGCAGACAUGGAUGGCUCCAACCCUGUCACCCUGUUUACCAGCAACCUGGACCACAUUGAGUUUCUUACUGUAGACAUCCGGGAGAACAAACUCUACUGGGCUGUUACAGGCGCUGGCAUGAUUGAACGAGGGGAUCCAGACGGGAGUAAUCGUAUCACCAUAGUGACGGGCCUGUCUCAUCCUUGGGGUGUAGCGGUCCAUGAAAACUACCUCUAUUUUACUGACCGGGACUUUGAGGUCAUUGAGCGCGUAGACAAAGCUACGGGCGCCAACAGGGUUGUACUGCGAGACAACGUGUCUGGACUGAGAGUGCUCAAAGUGCACUUCAGAGAAACAUCCGCAGGUAUAUCCAAUGGCUGCAGCAACAACGUGGGAGUGUGUGAGCAGCUCUGCCUGCCUCGUCCCGGGGGUUUGUACACAUGUGCAUGUGCCACAGGGUUUAAACUCAGUGCUGACAACAGGACGUGCACUCCCUACCAGUCGUAUGUGGUUAUCUCAACUCUCUCUGCCAUCAAAGGCUUCAGUCUGGAGGGGGCCGACCACUCUGAGGCCAUGGUCCCUGUGGCUGGAAGAGGUCGCAAUGCACUCCAUAUUGACAUACACAUGGCGUCCGGGUUCAUAUAUUGGUGUGACUUCAGUAGCACUGUGGCAUCGCAGAACGGGGUCAGACGCAUCAAGCCAGACGGCUCAGGUUUCCGUAGUGUGGUUUCAUCUGGGAUAGGACGCAACGGCAUAAGAGGCAUCGCAGUUGACUGGGCCGCAGGUAACCUGUAUUUCACCAAUGCCUUCUUGACUGAGACAUACGUGGAGGUGCUCCGCCUGAACACCACUUUCCGCAGGGUGCUGCUGAAGACCCAAGUGGACAUGCCACGCCACAUUGUGGUGGACCCCAGAAACGGGUACUUGUUCUGGGCCGAUUAUGGCCAGAACCCCAAGAUUGAGCGGGCGUUGUUGGAUGGAACAAACCGUACGAUUCUGGUGUCAUCUGGAAUUAUAACUCCAAGAGGUCUAGCUCUGGACCAGCAGACCGGUUAUGUCUACUGGGUGGAUGAUUCUCUGGAUAUGAUCGCAAGGGUCAACCCCAACGGUGGGGAGACAGAGAUCAUCAGGUACGGAAGCCGGUACCCUACUCCCUAUGGGAUCGCUGUGUUUGAGAGUAGCAUCAUCUGGGUGGACAGGAACCUCAAGAAAGUGUUCCAAGCCAGUAAAGAACCAGGCAGCUCAGAGCAACCUGCUGUCAUUAGAGACAACAUCAACAUGCUUCGGGACGUCACCAUCUUUGACCAGCGCGCCCAGCCCAGCUCGGCCAAGCAGCUUAAUAACAACCCCUGUUUGCAGGACAAUGGAGGCUGUGCUCACUUCUGCUUUGCCCUCCCGGGUUCUGGUGCCAGUGCCCAGACCCGUAAAUGCAGCUGUGCUUUCGGGAACCUGGCAGCGGAUGACCAGACUUGUGUGGUGUCAAGGGAUGAUUAUCUCAUCUACACCACUGAGAGCACAGUGCGGAGCUUACGCCUGGACCCAGAGGACCAUGCACUGCCCUUCCCUGUGGUCAAUGUGCAGCGCACCUCGGUGGCACUGGAUUUUGACUUAUCGGACCGAAGGAUCUACUUCACGCAGAGCUCAGGGGCAGGAGCAAGCAAGAUCAGCUACAUUAGCUUGUCUUCACCUGCCUCAAGCCCUGUAGUGGUGGCAUCAGACCUAGGGGCUCCUGAUGGUAUAGCCUUUGACUGGAUCAAUGGAAGGAUCUACUACAGUGAUUAUGUAAACCAGAGCAUCAGUUCCAUGUCUGUGGAUGGCUCUCAAAGGACUAUUAUCGCCCAUGUGCCCAGGCCAAGGGCCAUCAUGCUGGAUCCUUGCAGGGGGUAUAUGUACUGGACAGACUGGGGAACAAACGCAAAAAUUGAGCGUGCAACUUUAGGAGGAAACUUCAGAACCGAGAUUGUGAACAGUAGUCUUGUUUGGCCCAACGGACUUACCCAGGACUACGAGGAGCAAAGGCUUUACUGGGCAGAUGCCAGCUUACAGAAGAUUGAGCGCUGCUCUCUCACAGGGGCCAACAGGGAGAUUAUUGUCAGCACAGCCAUCUACCCAUUCGCCAUGACUAUGCACGACCAGUACAUCUACUGGAGCGACUGGAACACGCGCAGCAUCUACCGGGCCAACAAGCACGACGGCUCAGAUCAGAGGGUGAUGAUUCAAAACCUUCCUUCUAGGCCUAUGGACAUCCAUGUUCUCUCCAGCAGGAAGCAACAGCAGUGCGACAGUCCCUGUCAGCAGUUCAAUGGAGGCUGCAGCCACAUAUGCACGCCAGGUCCCAAUGGUGCUGAGUGUCAGUGUCCAUCCGAGGGUCGUUGGUACCUGGCGGACAACAAGCACUGCAUCGUUGACAAUGGGACCCGCUGCCAACCAGGGCAAUUCACCUGUAUGAAUGGCCGAUGUAUUCGUGCCCAGUGGAAAUGUGACAAUGACAAUGACUGCGGAGACGGCAGUGAUGAGCUGGAGAGAGUCUGUGCCUUCCACACCUGUGAGCCGACAGUGUUUACCUGUGGGAAUGGGCGCUGUGUGCCUUACCACUACCGCUGUGACCACUACGAUGACUGUGGCGACAACAGUGAUGAGGUGGCCUGCCUGUUCAGACCCUGUGACCCCACCACUGAAUUCACCUGCAGUAAUGGACGCUGUAUUGCCAAGGACUACGUUUGCAAUGGCAUCAACAACUGUUAUGACAACGGCACCUCGGAUGAGCAAAACUGCCCGGAGAGAACUUGCCAGCCAGAGCAAACCAAGUGUCAAACUACCAACAUCUGCAUCCCACGCUCCUACCUUUGUGACGGAGACAAUGACUGUGGAGAUAUGAGCGAUGAGAGCCCCACCCACUGUGCCACGUCCACAUGUUCCCAGAAUGAGUUUCGUUGCUCCAGCGGCCGCUGCAUCCCCGGACACUGGCACUGCGAUGGAGGGGCCGACUGCGCCGACGGCUCUGACGAACCCUCGUCAUGUGAUAUAUUGGUCAGAACCUGCAAUGCUGACCAGUUUCGCUGUGACGACGGCAGGUGCAUCGCCGCUUCCUGGAUCUGCGAUGGGGAUAACGACUGUGGAGACAUGAGUGACGAGGACCAGAGGCACAACUGUGCCAAUCGCACAUGUUCGGCUGCAGAGUUUACCUGUGUAAACAACCAACCACCUCAGCGGAAAUGCAUCCCUCGUGACUGGGUGUGUGAUGGCGACGCAGACUGUGCAGAUGCUUUAGACGAGCAUCACAACUGCACGCGCAGAUCCUGUGGCAUCAACGAGUUCACCUGUAGCAACGGCCUCUGCAUACGCAGCUCUUACAGGUGCGACCGGCGUAAUGACUGUGGUGACAGCAGCGAUGAGCAGGGCUGCACCUACCAGCCCUGCCAGCAGCACCAGUUCACCUGCCAGAACGGCCGCUGCGUGUCACGUGACUUCAUCUGCGAUGGGGACAAUGACUGCGGGGACGAGUCCGACGAACUGGACCAAAUGUGCCACACACCACCACCCACCUGCCCACCUGGACAGUUCAGAUGUGACAACGGACACUGUAUCCCGCUGAGUAAGGUGUGUGACAGGAACGAUGACUGCUCCGACAACAGCGAUGAGAAGGGAUGUGGUAUCAACGAAUGCACAGACCCGUCCAUCCACCACUGCGACCACAACUGCACGGACACGCCCACCAGUUUCAUCUGCACUUGUCGCCCGGGAUACCGCCUCAUGUCUGAUAACAAGAGCUGCGACGACAUCAACGAGUGUGCCGAGACGCCGAGCGUGUGCAGCCAGGUGUGUGAGAACACGCUCGGCUCCUACGUGUGCAAGUGCGCCCCCGGGUUCCUCCGAGAGCCAGAUGGACGGAGCUGCCGUCAGAACAGCAACAUCACACCCUACCUGAUCUUCAGCAACCGCUACUACCUGAGGAACCUUUCGACGGAUGGGGAGGCCUACUCCCUGAUCCUGCAGGGGCUGACUAGUGUGGUGGCCAUGGACUUUGACCGUGUGGACAAGCGUCUAUACUGGAUCGAUGUGAGCCGAAGGGUGAUAGAGAGGAUGUACUUCAAUGGCACCAGCAGAGAGGUGGUAGUCAAUGGUGUGCUUCAUGGAGAGGGCCUGGCAGUUGACUGGAUAGCCAGGAAACUCUACUGGGUGGACAGUUUCUUGAACUGUCUUAAAGUGUCUGAACUGGACGGGCGUUUUGUGAGGAAGCUGGCUGAACACUGCGUGGAUGCCAAUAAUACCUACUGUUUUGAAAAUCCGAGAGCCAUAGUUUUACAUCCCAAAUAUGGAUAUGUCUACUGGACAGACUGGGGAAACAAAGCCUUUAUAGGUCGUGCCGGGAUGGAUGGAUCAAACAAGGCAGCCAUAAUCACUACGAAGAUAGAGUGGCCUAAUGGGAUCACCAUUGACUAUAGUAAUGACAAGCUGUACUGGUCCGAUGCGCAUCUCAAUUACAUUGAGUACUCAGAUUUAGAGGGCAAUCACAGACACACAGUGUAUGAUGGAAACUUGCCUCACCCAUUCGCCCUCACUGUGUUUGAGGAGACUAUAUACUGGACAGACUGGAACCUGCGCACCGUGGAGAAAGGAAACAAAUACGAUGGCUCUGGUCGUCAGGCGCUAGUUAACACCACACACAGACCCUUUGACAUCCAUGUGUGCCAUCCCUACAGGCAACCUAUUGUGACCAAUCCCUGUGCGGGGAACAAUGGAGGCUGCUCUCACCUGUGCCUGAUCCGUAACGGGGGGCGGGACCACACCUGUGAAUGCCCAGACCACUUCCUGACUGUCCAACUUGGGGGUGUGACCAGAUGUCUUCCCAUGUGCUCCAGCACCCAGUACAGAUGUGCUGAUAAUGAACGCUGCAUUCCGAUCUGGUGGAAGUGUGACGGUCAGAGAGACUGCAGGGACGGCUCCGAUGAGCCCGCCACCUGCCCCCACCGCUACUGCAGGCUGGGGCAGUUCCAAUGCAACGAUGGAAACUGCACCAGCCCUCACUUCCUGUGCAACCUGAACCAAGACUGCCACGAUGGCUCUGAUGAAGACCCUGUGCUGUGUGCCACCCACCAGUGUGAGACUCACCAGUGGCAGUGUACCAAUAAGCGCUGUAUCCCUGAGUCGUGGCAAUGCGAUGGCGAGGAUGACUGUGGCGACCGAUCUGACGAAGACGCUGCCCAUUGCUCCAGCAGGACCUGUCGCCCUGGACAGUUCAAGUGCCGCAACGGACGCUGCAUCCCACAGAGCUGGAAAUGUGACGUGGACGAUGACUGCGGGGAUAACUCUGAUGAACCCCUAGAGGAGUGCAUGGGACCGGCCUACCGCUGUGACAACCACACAGAGUUUUCCUGCAAGACCAACUACCGCUGUGUCCCACUUUGGUCUGUAUGCAAUGGCCACAACGACUGCAGAGACAACAGCGAUGAGCAAGGCUGCGAUGAGGUGACCUGCGAUCCUCUCGGAGACUUCCGCUGCGACAACCACCAGUGCAUCCCGCUCAGAUGGAAGUGUGAUGGGGACAACGACUGCGGAGACAGCUCUGACGAACGCAGCUGCUCCCCGAGAGCGUGCACGGAGAGUGAGUUUCGCUGCGAUAAUCUGCAUUGCAUUCCUGACCGUUGGGUCUGUGACCAUGACAACGACUGCGAGGACAACUCGGAUGAAAGGGACUGUGAGUUGCGAACCUGUCACCCAGGCUACUUCCAAUGCGGGAGUGGACACUGCAUCGCUGAACGCUUCAAAUGUGACGGAAAUGCCGAUUGUUUGGACUACACAGAUGAGAUAUCAUGUCCAACCCGCUUUCCCAAUGGCACAUACUGCCCCCCGUUCCUGUUUGAGUGCAAGAACCAUGUCUGCAUCCAGCCUCAUUGGAAAUGUGACGGGGACAAUGACUGUGGAGACAAUUCAGACGAGGAACUCCACCUUUGCUUGGAGAUCCAGUGUGACGCUCCGUUCCGUUUCCGCUGUGACAACAACCGUUGCAUCUACAGCCAUGAGCUGUGUAACUCUGUGGAUGACUGUGGCGACGGCACUGAUGAGAGACAAGACAACUGUCAAAACCCCACGCGCAAGCCCUGUUCAGAUGACGAGUAUAAAUGCAGCAACAGCCAGUGCGUCCCUCUGCAGUACGCAUGUGAUGACUAUGAUGAUUGUGGCGACCACUCGGACGAGCUGGGCUGUCACCAUGGCAGCGGGCGCUCUUGCAGCGAGAACAUUUGUGAACACAACUGCACCGACCUGAUGGAUGGAGGCUUCCUCUGCUCCUGCAGGCCUGGCUAUAAACCCAGGGUGACAGACAGAAACACCUGUGAAGAUGUGAAUGAAUGUGAGGUCUAUGGAACGUGUCCCCAGGAGUGCAGGAACACCAAAGGCAGCUAUGAGUGUUUCUGCGCCCAAGGCUUUGUCUCGGUUGGUGAGCCGCAUGGCGUGCAAUGUGCUGCCCAGGGAAACCCGCCGGUGCUGCUCCUGCCCGACAACAUCCGUAUUCGUCGUUUCAACCUGUCCUCCGAGCAAUAUUCAGACUAUGUGGACAACGCUGAGCACAUACAAGCCCUGGACUACCUGUGGGACCCCGAGGGAAUGGGACUCAGUAUUGUGUACUGGACCGUUCUGGGUCGGGGAUCUGAGUUCGGUUCUAUCAAACGGGCCUAUAUGACCACCUUCAACGACCAUGGGAACAACCCAGUGAAGGAGGUGGAUCUGAAUCUGAAGUACAUCGCAAAUCCAGACGGCAUCUCUGUGGACUGGAUUGGCGGGCAUAUAUACUGGACGGAUGCAGGGACCAAUCGUAUUGAAGUGGCCAAACUAGAUGGGCGGUAUAGGAAGUGGCUGAUCCAUACUGACCUUGAUCAGCCUGCUGCCAUUGUUGUCAAUCCAACACUUGGAACCAUGUACUGGACAGACUGGGGCAGGAGGCCCAAAAUAGAGACGGCCUGGAUGGAUGGCCAGCACAGACAGGUUUUGCUGGAUGAGGAUCUUGGCUGGCCUACUGGCCUGGCUGUUGACUAUCUGAAUGGGAACAGGAUCUACUGGUGUGACUCCAAGGAGAACAUCAUCGAGUCCAUGAGGCCAGAUGGCACAGAUAAAAAGGUCAUCAUUUCAGGAGACAUUGGAAACCCCUACAGUGUGGAUGUCUUUGAGGGCCAUGUGUAUUGGACAACAAAGGAGAGAGGUGAAGUAUGGAAGACUGAUAAGUUUGGCAGCAGAAAUAAAGUCAAAGUACUGACCAUCAAUCCUUGGCUGACUCAAGUACGAAUCUACCAGGAGCACCGGCACAACCGCUCAGUACCCAACCCCUGUAAGGAUAUGUGCAGUCACCUGUGUCUCCUCCGGCCUGGAGGAUACACCUGUACCUGCCCACAAGGCUCCUCUCCGGUUGGAUUCAAUCCCGAUGAAUGUGAUGCAGCCAUUGAGGCACCAGUUCCAAUGCCCCUUGCAUGCAGAUGCAUGAAUGGUGGGACUUGCUACAGUGAUGAGGGGGGUCUGCCGAAAUGCAAAUGUCCAUAUGACUAUGCAGGCGGUUACUGUGAGAUGGGGAAGUCAAGGGGUGCACCAGCAGGCACAGCUGUAGCGGUUCUCCUGGCAGUAAUUAUCAUCUUGAUCACUGGGGCUUUAGCUGUCGGGGUUUUCCUCAACUACAAACGAACAGGCUCCUUCAUUCCCUCCAUACCCAAGCUGCCCAGCUUGAGCAGCCUGGUGAAAUCUGGUGACACUGGGAACGGGGUGACUUUUCGCUCAGGUGAUAAUGUGGAUCUGGGCCCCUCACACAUCGGGGUGUCAUUCAUCGACACAGCAAUGCAGAUGGAUGAUAACUUUGCCAUGGAGGCGGGGAGGCAGCCAAUCACGUUCGAGAAUCCUCUGUAUGCCUCUGCGUCAGGAGUCUCUGGCGACCCCGCUGUCAUUCACGCCACACAGGUAACUGUCAAUGUGAGUGGCGAGCAGAUGGAGAACAACUUUGUAAAUCCGGCGUACCGCGUGGAGCAGAGCGCAGGCAUUGUGCAGACGUCGACAGUCAGCGCAGCACCUGUUCAGGAGUCCAAGUGGAGCUUCUUCAAAAGAAAACUGAAGCCGAGCACCACGUUUGACAACCCCUCCUAUUCAGAGAUGAAGAAUGAAAAACCUGCGGGAGGCAGCGGGGACGCGUCUAACGCCGAGCCCUCUCCGUUCGCUCCUCCCGCCAAACCUCAGAAGAGGGAUCGUCCCAGCGCCUACUCGCCAACGGAGGACACGUUCCAAGACACCGCCAACCUUGUCAAAGAAGACAGCGACGUAUAACCCCACUCCACGCAAACGGGAAUCACUAAACACACAACAACAACACACACACACACAAACACUUUGCACAGAAUUUAUUUUUUUAUGCAGUACAAAACUCGGAUUGUUCUGAGAGAAAGAAAAAGAGAAAUGCGUUUCAGUAGCUGAGGGAGAGAACAGGUCGUUUGUGACGAUGCCUUCUGAUAUUUCUCAUGCCAAGUCUCGUUUUGAUGAUUUUUUUUUAUCAUUCUGAUGUACUAUAUGUAUAUCUUUGCACUGAAGCUGCUGAUAGAGAUGUUAAUAAAUAUGUUGUAUAUUUGUAAAUUUGAAGAGUAAGAUUUUGUCGAUAAUAUCUCCUGGCUGUUUGGGAAAGGUGAUCUCUCCAAUAGCGCGUAAGCAAAUAACACAUAAAGCUGGUGUGCAGACAAAUGCUCACAAGACAAAUGCUCACAAUACUAAUAGGAAAAGAGACAAAUGCUCACAAAUUGUUUUACAAUCUUUAUUUUUUCAAAAAGUCAACUGAACAUUCUGUUGCACGUCACAUAAGACAUCUCACAUGGGCCUGAGCAUGUGAGAGGGAUCACAUCUCCCUGACGAAUGAAAUGGUGAUCUUACAGAUAAUCAUGAUUAUAAAACAAUUUGUGUCUCUUUUUCUUUUAGUGUUGUGAGCAUUGGUCUUGUGAGCAUUGGUCUUGUGAGCAUUUGUCAUGGAAUCCAUAAAGCUGGUGUGCGUCGUGAAUGUAUACUACCUAGGUGUUGCAUGACGGGCUGUUAGGCUGUGCGCCAUCUUGGGUAAUUGCGUGUUCUGCUUUUUUUUUGUUUUGCCACUGAACAAAACGGAAGAUGUACUAAAAUUCAUCUCGUGUUUAUAUACCUCAUUUUAUCGCUAAAUUAAACAAAUUGGCAAUUCCGGAACUCUUUGGUAUCAAUUCUCCAGAGGGAUGCGCCGCGGCGUGAGAAUACAGACGGACCCGGAAGCGGAAGUACGCACCCGCAUCGUUUCACGAGCGGUACGCCGAGCGCACUUCCUGUCGGACCUGAUCAGACUCCUGUCUUCUUAUUGGUCCCCGGCUCUUGCGGCGUUAGAAUCAGUCGCCAUCAUGUUUUAGUACCGGUAUGUACAGGAAGCCCGGCGCUACCGCUUCCGGUUGCCUGGGACGAUACCUGAACACGCCCAAGUGAAACGUCGGCCGCCUUGUAAACGCGGCCUGUAAAUUCUGGGUUUGAAGAAAAACCCUUUUGUGUGACAACAAAUACAAAUAAAUGACAUGGAUCAGUGGUCGCGUUUGACACGCCCAAAUGUUGUUGUUGUUUUUUUAAAGAUGGACACAUGGAAAAACAAUCUGAUGCCAGCUGAAUUCAUGAAAUGCUGCUGAGACAUGAAUGAAUAAAUUUCUUAUUUUGU